AUGUCUACUGAACAGCCUGAACUCACCAGAGUUGAUUCAGCUGUCGCAGGCCUGGGUACAUCCCCCCAGGAUGAGAAACCUCCCAUUACGAAGAUCGAGCAAAGGCGAAGGUCGUCGGUAGCAGAGGGUGUCUUUAACAUCAAAGACUUGGAGGCCCAACAGAUCGAACUGGUACUUCCAAUCGAGACGCAGAAAACUGGGUGGAAACUCAAUACCUCGCCAAACAGCAUCGAGGACAAAGACAUACUUAAACUGUACCUCGUCAACCCUCCCGUCAGGAAGAUUGACCUGCACUUCCCACUAGGCUUGGAAGUAGCUGCUCGCAACAGUAAAGGUGUCACCAUCAAGGACGCGCUGGACGCCAUCUACAAGCAGUUCAAGAAAAAGUCUGAUGAUGAAAUGGAUGCUCCCUACCUUGCUGGCUUUGAGUGGAACAAGAAGGAGUGCUGGACACGUCUAGUCGUCCACCAAAAGCAUCAUGGCCCAGUACAACAGUCGCGCAAGAAGGGCAAAAAGGCAAAGGAAGAGGCAUAA